CACAAUCGCUGACAGUUUCUCGUUUGACCUGUCGGCGCAUACUUGUGUGCCGUUGGCUGUAACUAGAUUUCUUGAAUGAAAAGUAACUUAUGAAAAUAAUUUAAAAUACUUAAUAAAUUUAAUACAAAUUAUUGAAAAAAAAAUGGCUUUAGAAGAUUAUAAAGAUAUUGUGGGAACGAGUGCCGCAAUUUCCACAGUGGGACAAAUGUUAGCUGGAGUAUUAAUAUGUAAGGAUAUAUAUAAAAGAAAAUCAUCUCAAAAUAUUGAUCCAAUGCCUUUUAUUGGCGGUAUGGGAAUGAGUGUUUUGGUACUUCAAUAUGCAUUAAUUCUCAAAGAUUUUGCGAUGAUAAACGUGAAUGUUGUGGGAUUUAUAUUAAAUGUUCUCUACACUAGUUUUUAUUAUUCUUACUGUCCGACAAAAUCAAAAUUGUUAUCAACUUUAGCAAAAACAGCUGCGCUUGUUGCAAUAUUUAUUGGCUAUGCACAAAUGGAAGAUGAAUCUAAAAUUGAAUUUCGAUUUGGAAUUAUUGUAACAAUAGUAAUGUUUCUUUUACUUGCCUCGCCACUUAUUCAUUUGGGAGAAAUUUUCAAGACUAAAAGUACGGAAAUGCUUUCAUUUCCCAUUAUAUUCAUGGCGACAAUUGUCACAUUCCAAUGGCUUUUAUAUGGUCUUAUCAUUGAUAACAGUUUCAUAGUUUUCCAGAAUGCAGUUGGAUUCACACUUUCUGCAUCUGAAUUACUUUUGUUCGUAAUCUUUCCCUCGACGCCUGCUAAAAUCGCUUCCUCAAAGGAUAUUAAAAAGGAUAAUUAAUUUUAUGAUAAAUUAAAUUUUUUUUAAAAUUAAUUAAAAAAGAAUUUAAAUCAAUUUCUUCCAUUUGUUCUAGUAAUUGAAAAAUUAAUCAUAAUUCAUAAAUUUUAACAAAAUACCUCUCAAUUUUAAAUAUUGUUAAAGAAGAAAUGUUUAAAUCGAAUUUUAUUAGUAAUUAAAAAAAAUAAUAAAGUCUAUUUUAAUACCUCGAUUUUCAAUUUCUAAAAGAAUUUUGAAAUUGACUUAGAUUAAGUAGACAAAUAAUAAUGUACAAAAAAUAUAUUAAAAAAAAGUGUCCUUUAUUUUUAUAUAAAAUAUGUAUUGUAAUUAUUCACUAUGUAAAUUAAUAUUUUAAGUUUAUGUAUUUCAUCCAUUGAAGGACAAAUAAUUAUUGGAAUUGACUAUUGUUAUUUGUUACGCAUAACGAUAGUGUUAAAAAUAAUUAAAAUUACGUAAUUACUUUUAGAGAAAAUGUUGCAUUUCAUCUCAAAAAUAUUUUUUAUGUAUAAGUGAUUUAA